AUGCAGCGGUUUAAGCUAGUUUUCUUUUGUCCUGUCCCUUCCACGCAAGGCGUUUUGCAGCACUUGUUUGCCAAAUUCCCGCGGCAUGUCGGGCGGAUCGGACUGUAUGGUGGAUGUGCAUUUGUGAGCAGGGGCACCGGCCAAUUCACCCCCUUAGCAGGUGCAAAUCCUGCCAUAGGCUCCGUUGGUACACAGGAGUACGUUGAGGAGAACCGUGUUGAAGUUCUCGUGCUCCCCGAUUCCCCUGCAGGUCCUAAGCAAGAGAGUAGAGAUUCUGUACAGGUCACUCGUGUCGUAGAAGAGCUGAAAAAGGUGCAUCCGUACGAGGAGGUCGCUUACGAUGUGUAUCGCCUGGAAGAUUUUUGA